AUGGGAGUUCCAAAGUUUUUUCGGUGGGUUGCGGAGCGCUGCCCGACUGUCAUCACCCCGUUCCGUGAUUCCCCGCCACCCGUCGACAAUUUGUAUCUUGACAUGAAUGGCAUUAUUCAUAACUGCACCCACACCAACGAUGUGGACGCAACGCAGAAGUCACCGACAGAGAAGGCGAUGAUGGAGGCGAUGUUUGCCUAUUUGGAGAAACUUUUCAACGUGAUUCAGCCGCGCAAGUACUUUUUUUUGGCUGUUGACGGCGUGGCGCCAAGGGCGAAGAUGAACCAACAGCGUCAACGUCGGUAUCGUAGUGGCUACGAGUUGAUGGUGGCCCGACAAGAGGCUAUUGCGCAAGGAGAAGAGGUACCCGAUGAGAAGGACGUAUUUGAUAGCAAUUGCAUCACGCCUGGGACAAAUUUUAUGGUGCGGGUGAGUGAGCAAUUCCAGUACUUUAUCACAAUGAAGAUUGCUACGGAUCCAGCGUGGCAAAACUGCCAAGUCGUGUACUCCGGCCACGAUAACCCGGGCGAGGGGGAACAUAAGAUUGUGGACUUCAUUCGCCGCCGAAAGAUGCAACCGGGGUAUAGCCCAAACGAAACCCACUGCAUGUACGGCCUUGAUGCCGAUCUUGUUAUGCUCUCUCUCGCAACACAUGAACCACACUUUCUGCUCCUGCGAGAGGUGGUGACGUUUGGUCCCGGGCAGGAGUCACGCCGGGCCCGUGAGCAACGAGAGGAGGACGAGGCCAAUGGAAUUAUUGCCGACAAGUCAUACCGUAAAGCCGAUGAAUUUGUACUUUU